GCACGGGAGGCGCGAGGCAGGACAGGACGUCGGUGCGUUCGUGCCGUGCGUGCCAUAGCGCGCGCCGUCCCUGAUCUCUCCGACUCCCCCCCUACACCCCGGCGGCCGCCGCAGAUCUGAGGGUCAUCGGCAGCCAUGAUCUCCAGCAAGCUCAAGUCCGUCGACUUCUACAGGAAAAUCCCUAGGGAUUUGACCGAGGCAUCAUUAUCUGGUGCUGGAUUAUCCAUUGUAGCAGCACUAACUAUGAUGUUUUUGUUUGGAAUGGAGUUGAGCAGUUACUUAGCAGUUAAUACUACAACAUCUGUGAUUGUUGAUAGGAGUUCAGAUGGGGAGUUUCUGCGGAUAGAUUUCAAUAUAAGCUUUCCUGCACUUUCAUGUGAAUUUGCAUCAGUUGAUGUCAGCGAUGUGCUGGGAACAAACAGAUUGAACAUAACGAAAACUGUUUUCAAAUAUUCGAUUGAUCGGAAUUUAGUACCAACUGGAUCAGAGUUCCACCCUGGCCCUAUUCCCAUUGUCAGUAAGCAUGGAGAUGAUGUAGAAGAGGAUCAUGUUGAUGGUUCAGUUCCCUUGUCAUCUCGCAAUUUUGAUAGCUAUUCACACCAAUAUCCUGUUUUGGUUGUCAACUUUUAUGCCCCCUGGUGUUACUGGAGCAAUCGACUGAAACCUUCGUGGGAGAAGACUGCGAAAAUAAUAAGGGAGAGAUAUGACCCUGAAAUGGAUGGUAGAAUCCUUCUGGGCAAGGUUGACUGCACUGAGGAAAUUGACUUGUGUAGGAGGCACCACAUACAAGGAUACCCAUCCAUUCACGUUUUCCGUAAAGGGUCUGAUAUCAAGGAAAAUCAGGGUCACCAUGAUCAUGAAUCAUACUACGGGGAACGUGAUACUGAGAGUUUAGUCGCGGCAAUGGAAACUUAUGUUGCAAACAUUCCAAAAGAGGCUCAUGUGCUUGCUUUGGAAGACAAAUCCAAUAAGACUGUUGAUCCUUCCAAGCGCCCUGCUCCAAUGACCAGUGGAUGCAGAAUAGAAGGUUUUGUGCGAGUGAAAAGGGUUCCAGGGAGUGUUGUUAUAUCAGCUCGAUCUGGGUCACACUCGUUUGAUCCAUCCCAGAUAAAUGUUUCACACUAUGUGAAUCAGUUCUCGUUUGGCAAAAAACUUUCACCAAGGAUGUUUCAUGAAUUCUUAAGACUAACUCCCUAUCUUCGUGGAUACCAUGAUAGAUUAGCUGGACAGUCUUACAGUGUUAAGCAGGGUGAGGUUAACGCCAAUGUUACUAUUGAGCAUUACCUACAAGUUGUGAAGACUGAGCUUGUAACACUGAGGUCCUCAAAGGAACUGAAAGUGCUCGAGGAAUACGAAUACACAGCACACAGCAGCUUGGUGCACAGCUUCUACGUUCCUGUUGUGAAAUUUCAUUUUGAGCCUUCUCCCAUGCAGGUCUUGGUAACUGAAGUUCCGAGAUCCUUCUCUCAUUUCAUCACAAAUGUCUGCGCUAUUAUUGGUGGAGUCUUCACGGUUGCUGGAAUACUGGAUUCCAUCUUCCACAAUACGCUAAGGAUGGUGAAGAAGGUUGAGCUAGGAAAGAACAUUUAAAUUCCGGUGCCGCUUCAGCGGAUGUGCUAGGUAGCCAUUAUUUCGUUGUACCUGGGAUAGCGAUUCAUAGUGAUCUAUAUAUUGAAGUCUUGAAGAGGGGAAACGUGAGUUAGGCAGAGUUGAAACUAGGGACCGUGGACUUGAUACUAGGGACAUCACUGUUUUGCUACAUCCCUUACAAAUAAUACAGUGGAUCCUUGAGGGUGAACCCCGUAAAAAAAAGGUAAUCUGCUGUUAUUGUUCCUGUGGCUCCCAUUGCCACUA